UCGGACUAGGCAUGUUGUCCGUUCUCAGCGACUAUUUCUUUCCUUAGCUAUUCUUCGUUAUUUCUGUGGGUGGGUGUGGAUGUGGAUGUGAGGGUGGGUGCAAUAAAAAGAUUCAAACACUCACCCACACCCACCCACAGAAAUAACGAAGAAUAGCUAAGGAAAUAAAUAGUCGCUGAGAACGGACAACAUGACUAGUCCGAAAUGUCGAAAAUAUCGGUCCUAACUAGUUAUCCUGACGUGAAAACUCCUGCAGCUACGUGUGAACUAGUCCAGAAUGUCCUUGAGCUUUGGCAUGUCUAGCUCGUUUGUCUAUAUAACCUGUCCAGAUUAGUUCAUAGAACGGCAAAAGAGCAUUUGUAAAAGUAGAAAUUGUGCCUUUCAUUUCUGGUACUCGUGCUGAAAUGAAUGCAUGCGAACAGUUAUUCUGUUUAAUAUGUUUUACAAUAAGAUUGUUUUAUACAUACAAGACACGGCAACCAAGACAAUCAGUUGCAUGUUCUGAGUAUCAUCAAGCGGAGUUCUCUUAAAAAUACUUUAUAACGAUCAAAAUGACACAUGUUUAUGUCCCAUCAUUUUUUUUGUAUAGCUACUCUACCUUUAACUUUAAUUUUCUUACCAGUCUAAUAAUAAUUUUAGAAACUGAAAAUAAUUACGUGCUAUGUAAUAUUGGAGUGUAGCAAAUUUUGUUUUAUGCGCUUGCAAUUGAUUUUAUUCUGUAUUUAUCAUUGGCAAAAUUACUUGGUUUUUCCCCACAAAAAUAUAUUUACAUGUAUCAAUGAAGCAUGACUUUUUCAUCGCGCAGACGAUUUUGUUUUUCAUGUUUGUGCUCGUAAUCGAAUGCAUUUCGUUUUUCAUAUACUCUACCUCUUCUUUUCUUACCUUACCUUUGCGUUUCGUGUUGUUGCGAUGGUAAAAAUAUACAAUGAUAUUUGCAUAUGCGCAAAUUUGAGUUAUCAUGAUUCAUUGGACUUUGAACUUUAUUCUAAUAUAUAUAAAUAUUUUCUAUCGUAAAAUUUUUUUUGAAAUCGAUAAUUAUAGAAGUAGUGUUGAAAGUUUCAAAAUAAAUAAAUGGAAAAUUUUAUAUUUUAUAUUUUUAUUGUUCGAUGUAUGAAAAACUCUAUUUACCACUGAAACCUCGUUAGAUGCAUCCGAAGAAAGUAUGGCGAAGAUGCUUGAAGAAGACUCAGGCAUGUCGGGAGGCUAACAAUGAAAUUAGCAAAACUAGAGUUUGACACUAAUUUUUUUUCUCAAGUGAAGAAAUUUCAACGUUAAUUAUUCUCUAUUGAAUACUCAGAAAAACAAACCAGUCUAAAUUGCCUAAGAAAAAGCUAAAUCAUAUUCGAGUCAAUGGAGUUUUUCAUAUUUGAUCACCUCAUCGUCCUUAUACAGUUCAAUUACAUCUAUUUGACAAAUAGCAAGAAAAAAUAGUUAGAGUAAAAAAUUCAUAUGACAUAAAAAUUUUCAUGUUACUUGGUGCUGCAGAUGAUUAUGUACUAGCUCUCUUCCUGUUUCUGGAGAAAUCAUGCUAUAAUUUUUUGUCAAAAUUACCGAGUAUUUCAUAAUUGAAGUUACUAAAUAGAGGUUAGAAACUUUGCAUAGAAGGCAACGUUAUUGAAAUUCUUAAUAUACAAGCAAACAUGGAAUUACGUGUUAAGAAAAAUUAAAGAUGAGUCAAAGAAGAGAAACAUUUCGUGGGAACCAUUUUGCAAUAAAAUUAAGUGAUGCAGAACGAAUCGCAUUAAUAGGAUUAAAUAUAGACAAUUUGCUAGUCAUAUUAUGAGGGUGUGAGUGUCUAGCUGCAACUAUGGGCAUGGGGUGUGGGUACGUAUUUGUGUAUAGAAGUAACCUUUCCUUACAACCACACCCACCCUUAUCCAAACCACCCACAUCCACACCCAGAUCACCUCGAAAGUAAUCGAGCGCAGAGUUUCAUGCAACUUAAGAAUAAUAAAAUUUCAUUUAUCAUUAAAUGUCAACAAGAAAUUAAAUAAUUUAGUCAUAGUAGUUGACUGGCUAUCGUUGUAGAUAAAGUAUGAAGUCGAUUGAGAACGAAUUUUUCCUUUUCUUUUCCUAAUAUUAAUAAUAAAUAAUUUUCUUUUGAAAUAUAUAAUAAAUUACUAAAUUAUUCUUAGGAACUUCUCAUGUCCCAUUCGUCAAAUAUGUUAUCCUAUUGUUAUAGCACGUUUUCUAAUGAUAAAUACAAUUAGUAAGCUUUCUUUCAAAUAAUAACUUCAAUUCAUUAUAAUUGUCUUUUAUUUUAAUAGAUCAAUUAUUUGAACACCAAAAUCAAAAUGCUAGUACACGUUUAACAAUUAGUUACCUUGGUUUUGAUAAAAUUCUUAUUCAAUUAAUCACUUAUUCAAAUUUAUUUGAUUUUGAUCAAUUACUAAUUUCAACUCAAAUUGGAUCUAUAGAAAAAAUUUCUUUUAGUCAAACAUUUCAAACAGAUAUUAUAUAUCUUUUAUCUUUAUGUGAACAUGGUGAUCGUCCUUUACGUGGUAUAUGUACAAAUUUACUUGCUACAUUAAUUCAAACAACAAUUCAUCUUUUAACACUAUCAUCAUUAUCAAAUUCAUUUAAUAAUUCUUUUAUUAAUCAAUGUUCACUUGUAUCAACUAAUUCACAAGACAGUUCAAGAGGUAUUCAAUUAGGCAUAUUAACUGAAUUACUUUCCACAUUUCGAUUAUGUCUUAAUGAUAAUAAUGCACGAAUUGAAUUUUUAGAAGAUUCUAUUCAACAUGGUACAAGUUUCUAUAUUCUUGCUAAAGUUGCUCUAGCUCCACUUAUAGAUGAUAUUGAUUUUCGAAUAUUAACUUAUCUUGAACAACAACAACACUUAAAACAACAUUAUCCUGAUAUACGUGUUCGUCAAGCAACUGCUUCGAGUUUUGCUAAGUAUGUGUUUUGUAGAGAUAUUAACUAA